AUGACAGAACUAAGCCACUUUAAGCGAGAAAUUCUUCAUAGUGCUAUUACCGUACGGGGUAAUAAAAAAAAAGGUAUGGUCGAUGACGGAGCUGUAAGGCUCAGAGGAAAAAGAAAGUCGAUAGCUGAGCUGCAAAACUCAACCCAUCUCUAUAUGAAGAUAAAA